AAAUGGCGGACGUCAACAUUGAGCUCGCUAAUUGAGCUGUGUUUUGGUGCGUGACAGCGUUAUUUUCUGGAGCUGCGGCAACAUGAAACGAGUUCUGAUGCGGCGAUAACAUCCGGAGCGGUUUGCGGGAGACACACAAGGAUUUCACCAUGAGUAGCAGAAGAAAGAGGGCCCCUCCAGUGAGGGUGGACGAAGAAGCCAAGAAGAAACUGAACUGGAACAUGCUGGAUGACCGCAAGACCGAGGAGAUCCUAGAGGACAACCAGAUACCUUCCUGCUCCAUUAUUUCAGACGAACCCACAACAAGCAGCACCUUUCUCUUCACCUCAGAGGACGUCACCGAAGCCGUCAACAGCCGCUCUGUCCAGUUUUUAGAUGAGCUUCCUGGCACGUCGUCAGAUAGCACCUCUGCCUCCGCCUCCCUUGCGAUCACAGUGUUGCCAUCCUCAAAGCUGAGCCACACCUGGAAGGCCCUCGUUGGGGAGUUCAGCGUACGGCCGGCUUUUCUCCCAUCUGACUGUGAACAGAGGACUUUCACGCUCCACAGGAUGGGUGACCAGCUGUGCCUCAGCUACAGCAGCUGUGAGGAAAACUCAGGGCAGCAGUGGAGGCCGGAGGAGGACAUUUGUACAGCAGCGUGCAGCCUCAGUAGGAUCCCGCUGGAGGACCUCGAUUGGCUGCAGAAGAGGAGGGUGGUGCAGCUCUGCCAUCAGACAGAAGAGGAGUCAGUCAAGGUUGGGAUUUACUUGAUGGAAACUGGGCUUGGAAAGCCAGACUUCCUCAGCGAGGGAAACGCUCGGCUAAAGAAAGCAAAUCAACUAAUGCAGAAGUUAAUGGAGUAUUUCUACGAUUUCAUUAUCCCAGAAGUUGUUGAAAAUGAGGAAGAGGAAUGUGACACCGACCUGGAAAGGCAAAAUGUCGAGGAGCUCUACGAUUACGUGCGGCAUCUGCACCAGAACGAGAGCCAUGAGGUGACGUAUGACGUGCAGCACAAGGCUCUUAUUCCUGUGCUCAGGCCUUAUCAGAGCCAGGCGGUCAACUGGAUGCUGAGGAGGGAGAAGUGCAGGAACACCUCACCUAAAGAACAAUCGCUACAUUUCCUCUGGCGGGAGGUGGUUACUUUGUGUGGCAAGAAGUUGUUUUAUAACCCUUUUACAGGCUGCUUAAUGCGUGAAUUUCCCUUGGCUGGCAUCGAGUGGCCUGGUGGGAUCCUGGCCGAUGAGAUGGGGCUCGGAAAGACGGUGGAAGUUCUCGCGCUCAUCCUGUUUCACACCCGACAAGACCUGGAACAGGAGACCCUCACGCUUCCCGUGGGAAAAUCUGUGAAUUACUUCGUUCCUCCUCCUCCACUAGAAAGAAAGAAGGUCGUCCAUUGCAAGUCUGAAGUUCAGCCUAAAGUGAAAAUAUCCUACCCAGCCGUCCGUGUCAUGCUGCUCACUGCGAUAAAGGAGAUGAAAUCCGGCAAAGGGGCCUCAGUCAACGCCAUCUUCACCUACAUCCGUGCCACUUACGGCUACGACCUCUUAAAGAACCGCAACCACAUUAAGAAGACGCUGACCAAGCUCAUAGAUGAAGGCGUGGUCGACCGCGUCAAAGGUCGCGGCUUGGCGGGGUCAUUCAAGCUGGGCAAGAACUACAAAGAAACAAAGAAGAUAUUAGCCGGAGCAUCCAAGCCUACUUUCAAAGCGACAGAGAGUCCACCCAGGAAAAUGUUUCAGAGACGAGCCAAGGAGAAGGCAGAAGCCGCUCUGCAAAACUCCCUCUCAGAAGAUGGGAAAGACGUGAGCUCCCCUACGUCUGACUGCCCUGCAGCCGAGGAAGCAAAGAAGGAAUGGGAUGAAAGUGUGAACGAGAAAUCGGAUCAGUCAGACGACACGCUGGAUACCUCCACAGCGUCCUUACAGAUGUCUGAGGAUAAAAGUGAGUCAGACGUACAGGGCACGCGGAGGAUAGAAGAUCUACCUGAAGAACGGGGAAAAGCUGCACAGCUCGAUUUACGGGAGGAGGAGGAGGUGGUGGAGGAGGAUGAGACCCCCACCAGAGCGUCCGUCGUCCCCUUCAACACCCCUGACUACCGCUUUGAGUGUAUCUGCGGUGAACUGGGCCUCGUCGACUACAAGGCUCGAGUCCAGUGUAUGAACUGUCAGCUGUGGCAGCACGCACACUGCGUCAACUAUAAAGAGGAGAGCCUCGAGACGACGCCGUUCUACUGCCCUCACUGCCUGGUAGCCAUGAAACCAGUGUCCACCGGUGCCACCCUCAUCAUCUCCCCAAGCUCCAUCUGUCACCAGUGGGUGGAGGAGAUCAACCGGCACAUCAGGUCCUCCUCCCUAAGGGUGCUGGUUUAUCAGGGUGUGAAGAAACACGGCUUCAUCCAGCCGCACAUGCUCGCCGAGCAGGACGUGGUCAUCACCACCUACGACGUGCUGCGCUCCGAGCUCAACUACGUGGACAUUCCCCACAGCAACAGCAAAGACGGCCGCCGCUUCCGCAACCAGAAGCGCUACAUGGCCGUACCCAGUCCCCUGGUGGCCGUGGAGUGGUGGCGCAUCUGUCUGGACGAGGCUCAGAUGGUUGAAUGCCCCACGGCGAAGGCUGCAGAAAUGGCUCUGCGCCUUGCAUCCGUCAACCGAUGGUGCGUCAGUGGUACUCCUGUGCAGAGAGGCUUAGAAGACUUGUAUGGCCUCAUCCUCUUCCUCGGGGUGGAUCCGUACUGGGUGAAACACUGGUGGGACCAACUGCUUUAUCGCCCCUAUCGACGCGGCAACACAGAGCCUCUGUACAACGUCAUCGCUCAGUUACUAUGGCGAUCUGCGAAAAAAGACGUCAUCGAUCAGAUUCAGAUCCCACCCCAGACGGAGGAGGUGCACUGGCUCCACUUCUCCCCCGUCGAGGGCCACUUCUACCACCGCCAGCACGAGGUCUGCUCCCAGGACGCUCUGGUCAAACUCAGGAAGAUCUCCGACUGGAGCCUGAAACUCGGCAGCCUCGACCGCCGCACCGUCAACACCAUCCUGUACCCGCUGCUCAGGCUGCGCCAGGCCUGCUGCCAUCCGCAGGCCGUGAGGGGGGAGUUCCUGCCCCUGCAAAAGAGCACCAUGACGAUGGAGGAGCUCCUGAAGUCCCUGCAGAAGAAAUGUCGAGUGGAGUGUGAAGAAGCUCACAGACAAUUGGUGUGCGCUCUCAACGGCCUGGCUGGAAUCCACAUCAUCAGAGGUGAGUUUGUAGAGGCGGCUGAGAUGUAUAGAGAAGUGCUUCGUUCAUCAGAGGAGCACAAAGGCAGGCUGAAAACGGAUUCAUUGCAGAGGCUUCACGCUACUCACAACUUGAUGGAGCUGUUGAGCGCGAAGCAUCCUGGGAUUCCUCCGACCCUGAGAGACGACCGCCUGAGUGAAGAGGCCGAGCAGCUGCGGCAGCACUACAUGACCAAAUAUGACUCGGAGGUGGCGGACGCCCAUCAGGCCCUGCAGCCGGUGCUACUGAACAUCAAAGAGCUGAAGCGGAAAGUCAACUUGAAAUCCCCCUGGUGGCUGGAGGUCAUUCAGAGAUCGAUCCGCUGCUCCAACGACGACGACCUGGUGUCCCGCAUCAAGAACGAGCUGACGUCCAGCUACAAGCAGCAAGCCAACAAGCUCUCCAUGGCAGACAAGUUCCGUGAUGCCUGCGGUCUUCAGUUUCUACUCACCACACAAAUGCAAGACUUGAUGAAAUCUCAGAAGACGGUGCAAGACGCGGUGAAGAGACUCGAGGGACCGGCUUCGCAAAAAGUUAUAGACGAGGCUACGGUUUGUCACCUCAGGCCCAUGCGGCUGCCGCUCAACAACUGUGUCUUUUGCAAAGCGGAUGAACUUUUCACAGAUUACGAGUCCAAGCUCUUUUCCCAUACGGUGAAAGGUCAGACGGCCAUCUUUGAAGAGAUGAUUGAGGAUGAAGAGGGCCUGGUGGACGACCGCCUCCCCACCACGAGCCGAGGCCUGUGGGCAGCCAGCGAGACUGAGCGCACUCUGAAGGCCAUUUUGUCUUUUGCCAAAGUCAAGCGCGUGGACCCGGAGCUGGUGGAGGAGGGGAACACUUUUAUGGAGCUGUUUGAGAACUGGAAGAAGGAGUACAAGGUGCUGCAUGAGUACUGGAUGGUGCUGCGUAAUCAUGUGUCAGCCAUCGAUGAGUUGGGUAUGGCCACGGAGAGGCUGCGUGUGCGCCUUCCUGAUGAGCCAAAGCCCAAACUGCUGCACAUUAUAGAGCCCCACGAGGUGGAGCAGAACAGAGUCAAGCUUUUGAACGACCAAGCUGUGGCCAAGUCUCAGCUGCAGAAGAAGCUCGGCCAGUUUCUGUAUCUCACGAAUCUGGAGAAGUCCCAGGACAAGGCUACUGGAGGGCUGAACCCAGAGCCGUGCCCUAUCUGUGCCCGGCCCCUGGGUCAGGAGUGGGCAGUGCUGACUUGUGGCCACUGCUUCUGUAACGAGUGCAUAGCUAUCAUUGUGGAGCAGUACAGCGUGGGCUCAAGGCGGCGUGCCAUCAAGUGUGCCAUUUGUAGGCAGACGACUUCACACGCAGAAAUCUCCUACGUGUUCACCACCCAGUCUUCCAGUCAGGACCAAGACAUACCAGUAAAGGGAAGCCACUCGACCAAAGUGGAGGCGGUGGUGAGAACACUGAAGAAGAUUCAGGUGACCUACCCCGGGGCCAAAUGUCUCGUCUUCUCCACGUGGCAGAGUGUGCUGGACAUCAUCGCUAAGGCCUUGUUCGACAAUAACUUGGAGUUUUCUCAGAUCAACGGAAUUCACAAAUUCCAGGAGAAUCUGAGUUCCUUCAAAUACGAAGAGAAGAUCAACAUCCUUCUCCUUCCUCUCCACACGGGCUCCAACGGGCUGAACAUCAUCGAGGCGACGCACGUGCUGCUGGUGGAGCCGAUCCUCAACCCGGCUCACGAGCUCCAGGCCAUAGGCAGAGUGCACCGGAUUGGCCAAACCAAGCCAACGUUUGUUCACAGAUUCCUCAUCAAAUCCACGAUUGAGGAGAGAAUGCAAGCGAUGCUGAAGACGGCAGAAAAAAGUCACACCAGCACACCCAUGAAGCACUCGGAGGCCGCCGUGCUGACAGUCGCAGACCUGGCUGAUCUGUUCACUGAAGACACCGAACCUCUGGAGUGAAUGUGGCACACUCGGCCUCUCACUCCUCACGCAGCAGUGAUAGAAGUGCACUGAUUUUUUUUGCACAUUCCACUUUUUAUACGAGCGAAAAGAAGAAAAGAAAAAACUGAUACUUUAUCAAAUCUCUCACAACGAACAUGUUUCUUAAUUGUUUUCAAGGUAAACUUUUAAACUUUUCUGGAGCUGUUGUGUGUAAUUUGACUCACACGUUGUCACACUUUCCUCUUGACCUGUUAAAGCACCCGUUUGAUUUUGAGAUUUGACUUGUACAGUAUUAUUAUCGGUGUUAAUCUGACUGAAUUAUGUGCGUUUAUACACAACAUCACUGUAUGCCCAGGCAGAAAAUCAAAAGAUCUCACAGCAUUCAGGAAAUAAAAGUCAAAAACAGGCUGCAGCCUGUUAUAACCAG